ACACAAAAAUAUAUUUAACCAGAAGCAGCUUUACACGUUAAAUGCCUGCAGUGACUUAUGUCCUGGUGUCCUAAAUCCACAUAGGUCAGUUUUGCAAUAAGAGGCCUCAAGUUAGAUUUUCUCAGAGCUUGCAUCAGUUGGUUGCAUCAUCCCUGAGUGGAAAUACUGCAGUUGCAAAGAAACAUAAGGUCCUGCGCUGCUUCUCCAGUGGGAAAGGGCAUGUCUCCAAGGCACAAGACCGAGCACCGCAGGUUGCCAGGUUUCGUCGGAGACCUGACCAGGAACCUAACAAUUAAAUCCAGCUGUCCAGUCUUUUUUAAUUGUGGAGGGGUAAGGGGAAUCCAAGGCCAACGGGUAACCCGCCCUCCGUUGUGAGCCUCAGACUUCUCCAAUCAAUAAUUUGCAUUUGAAUACUGAGACCUAGAGCAGCGGUUCGGGGGGAGGGGCGAGACUGGGUGGCGGAGGCCGCCUUCAACGGUUUUCUCGAACCUUUCCCCCGCCCCCACUGUCUUGGCCCAGCUUUUCCUGCUUAUUCCCGGGACCUAGACGUCCAGAAUUGGAGAAAAGCAACUCACACUCCAGACCAACUCCAGUAACCCUUCUACGUGAUCUGCACCUUUAAACUCACCCCCUUCCAAGCCGGACCCCGGAGGCACCACCCACAUCCGUCUAACAUCACUUCCUUUAGAGUUUGGGGGAAAAAAAACACCUGGGAACGCGAGGGGUUGGGUUCAGCCGCGUUUGGGGAGCUGUACGGACCUUCUGCUAGGACUCCGGCCCUGUGUCCGCUCAGCCCAGUGGCCCCGCGCACCUACUACAAUGGAGCUGCAGCCUCGUCUCGGGGCCACCUGUUUGCUGGGCUUCAGUUUCCUGCUCCUCGUCAUCUCUUCUGAUGGACAUAGUGGGCUUGGAAAGGGUUUUGGAGAUCAUAUUCAUUGGAGGACACUAGAAGAUGGAAAGAAAGAAGCGGCUGCCAGUGGAUUGCCUUUGAUGGUGAUUAUCCAUAAGUCAUGGUGUGGAGCUUGCAAAGCUUUAAAGCCCAAGUUUGCAGAAUCUACAGAAAUUUCAGAACUUUCCCAUAAUUUUGUUAUGGUAAAUCUUGAGGAUGAAGAGGAACCCAAGGAUGAAGAUUUCAGCCCUGAUGGGGGUUAUAUUCCGCGAAUCCUUUUCCUGGAUCCCAGUGGCAAGGUGCAUCCUGAAAUCAUCAAUGAGAGUGGAAAUCCCAGCUAUAAGUAUUUCUACAUCAAUGCCGAGCAAGUUGUUCAGGGGAUGAAGGAAGCUCAGGAACGGCUGACGGGUGGUGCCUUCAGAGAGAAACAUCUUGAACAUGAGUUGUAACAUGAAUGUUUCCCUUCUUUCAUCAAAGUUAGUGUUCUGGAAGGAAAACAGCAUGGGAGGGAAUAUUGAGGAAUCACCCAGAACAGUAAAACUGACCAGGAAACCUUGCUCCUGUCUGCACCAGAAGGAGCUCUCUCACUGUGGAAGAGUUCUGCUAAUAGAAGCUGGUCUGCAUGUUUGUGGAUCCAGCAGAGUGUGGCAGACUUUCUUCUCCUGCUCCCUCUCACCUAAAUGUCAGUUCGUCAUUGAAUGUAAAGAAUGAAACCUUUUGACACAAAACUUGAGCCACUUGGAGGUUUACUCCUCACAGUUGAGAAUUUGAGUCUUUUCCCAUUUCCUCCCACUUUAUUCACCUUAGUGGUAAAAGGGGAGACCAGUAGCAUCUUUUCUACAAUGUUGAAAUUGCAGAGAUAACUUAUCAAUUUUUUUUUAAAAAGCCAAUACAUCCUAAAUGUAAAUCAGUAAUUCUAUCUCCUACCUAGGAGACCAGCCUGUUUUUUCUCCUGGGAAUAAUUGUGCACUUCUUCCCAAAUCCCUGCAACCUCCCUCCUCUCCUCCUGCUUGGGCUUCCCAGUUUGCACGCAUGGCUGUGUGCUUGGACUCGGCUCCAGUUGGAAGCAUGCUUUCCCCUGUUAAUGUUGGAGAAUCUCAAACCUUCAAGCCCUGGGUGUAGCCAUUUUGUCAAGUCAUCAACUGUAUUUUUGUACUGAGGUUAAUAAGAAAAAAGAUAAAAUAUUGUUCCAUUAAACUUUAAUAAAACUUUAAAAGGAA